CCGGUACCUCCCUCUCUUCGCCCCGGUGUAUGUACACAGUACAGUAAUGGUGGCUCGAUAUACAAAUUACAGCCCCUGCUCCAGGCUCGUCUUCUCGAUUGCAUUUCAGCAAGGCGCAUUUGAAGCACUGAUCUCUGAUCCCUGGAGACCUCCCGGCUACCUGUGUCUGGCAGUGAAGCUGCUAGAAUUUGUCUGUUAAACAGCAGCUCAGAUCUGUAGCACAAGGCUUUCAGGAGCUUUUGCUCGUAGGUUUAGCGUCCAUUGCGUUGAAAAACGGGGCUGCUUCAAGGAAGUAAUUUAUGCGGCGGUGUCAGCUGGCAGAACGCGCUUAGAAGGUGCACAGGUGUUCUUAUAUACAGGCGGUGUAGCGGUCAAUCCUGCAAAAAAAAUCAACUGCAGAUACUGGGGACGUUUGGGCCUGAUUGCGAUGGACUACUCUACCCCUGCCAUCAAGAACAUCCUGCUUCUAGAUUCUGAAGGAAAGCGCGUUGCGGUCAAGUAUUUUGACCAUGAGGACUGGCCAAACAUCACGACGCAGACCGCUUUUGAGAAGUCUGUCUUCACAAAAACAUCGCGCACUGCAGCACGGGGGGAAGCGGAGAUUGGCAUGUUUGAUGGGUACAUCGUGGUGUACAAGUUCAUCGCAGACCUGCACUUCUAUGUCACUGGGGGAGACGAUGAGAAUGAGCUCAUUCUCGUUACUGUUCUGCAAGCUUUCUUCGACGCAGUCUCAUUGCUGCUCAGGAGUCAAGUGGAAAAGAAGACCGUUCUAGAAAAUCUGGACCUAGUUCUUCUCACCCUUGACGAGAUUGUUGAUGGAGGGAUUGUGCUGGAGACGGAUUCCACCAUCAUCGCAGGCCGAGUGGCAAUGAGGGGCGCCGACUCCGACAUUCCCCUUUCUGAACAGACCAUCUCACAAGCUUUUGCCAACGCAAAGGAGCAGCUUGCAAGAUCUUUGCUCAAGUAGCUCCCUUGAAGAGGAGUUCCGCCUUUACCUUCCCUUAUCUGUUCGUACCGAGUAUGAGAUGUAUACUCCCUUGCCGGAUUGUAAAACAGGACGCCUAGGUACUUCCUGGUCAUCAAGAUGCAGGUGGCGGCGGAUUGAUGCAAUUUUCAUGUUCUAAAGCUCGAAUUAUAUUGCAACAUCUAGAUCUACAAAGUUCUAUGCCAGCAUGGUGCGGCAGGGCCGGCCAGGGUUGAGUGACGUGUCAGUAAGUGGGCUGUUCUUUUGUAUCUCUGGCCAUUGUUCUAUGCAUAGCUAGACAGAGCUCGAAAACACCGUCCACGGCUUUCAUUCUGUGUGCAGCACUUGGCUAUAGCUAGGCUUGCAUCAAACAUGAGAAGAUGUCUCCAGCAUGGCUCUUGUGUACUGGAACAAUUCACUGAGUAGUUCAAGCAAAUGCUCAUGGUCAAUCAGACUCGCCAAGGUUUGGUGGUCUCUUCUUAGAUAUAAUAGCGUCG